AUGAUCCAUCCAUCAACCAACUCACAACCGCCAGUCCCCAGCCCAAAUGGAAACCAGAUCCUCGCGCGCGCGCCUCCGCCGCACGUUCCGCUACCCCUCCGACUCGGACACGCCCUCCGCCCUCGACGAACAAGCCCGCCAGAGCAAGAGACCCUCAUCGCAGACCUCGCCGCGCAGAACCGCCAGACAAACACCUCCUUCGCCACCGUCCUGCUCGCCCUGCCCGCGCUCUCGACAAUCCCCUACGUGCCGCUCCUCUUGCGCGGGCCGCCAAACCCCAUCAUCGCCGUCCUGUCGCUCACCUCCCUCCUCUCCACGGCCUACAUCCUGUACAAGCUCCCGCCGCCAGAGACCGGCAUCGCACCGCUGGACGCUUGGGUCCAAAGGGGGCGCGUCCCUGCCGCGAGCGAGACGAUCCGGCGGCUGAAGAGGGGCGCCGGACCCGACAAGUCCCCGCUGGAGAUGUACUUGCCGUACCUGAACUGCGUGCUGUCCGGUGUGCUGGUCGUGCUGGGCUUGGUGCUGGGCAGAGGGGACGGGAGCUUUGCGUGGAUCGGCAUGGGGAAUCUGCCGGCCAUUGUGUACGGUGUUGUUUUGGUGGCAAAGGUCGUCAUGGGGAGCGUCGACCCUGAAAGAGAGUUGGGCGGUUUGAAGUAUGGGUUUAAAGGCGCUUGA